AUGGAGAAAAUGUCAGUCCAGGAAGCAACAGGAUCACCAAGGGUCCAGCUUCCGUCUUUGGACGCCCAGUCAGAGGGUCUAUCCCCAGAAGCUCAGUUCGUGCAGGAUUCUGACUUGGAACAGGGACUCACUGGGGCGCCACCUGUUCUCCAGGUGCCUGCUCUUCCCCACGAGGGAAGCCCAGGAGACCAAGCAGCUGCACUGCUGACAGCCAGGUACCAGGAGUUUGUGACAUUCGAGGAUGUGGCUGUGUACCUCACUCGAGAGGAAUGGGGAUGCCUGGACCCUGUUCAGAGAGAUCUCUACAGAGAAGUGAUGUUAGAAAAUUAUGGGAACGUGAUCUCAUUAGGCAUACUUCUCCGUCUUCCCACCACCCGGAUACAUAAUGCGAAUUCCUGCCCGGCCCUGAGUCAUACCCAGGCGAGUGCUUUCUCUGGGGAAACACUUGCGGUCCUUUCAGCAGGAAUCUCCAAGAGAUGGCUCAGGUAUCGACUUCCCUUCGAUAUCACACGUCACUGCAUGGAAACUUCUUUUCCACGCUUGUAA